GGGGCCGGAACCCCAGCUAGCUUACAGCAGCUAAACACGAACAGAUUUUUAUAUUUUAGGUGUACAGCGUCACGCCCAUUUAAGUCGAUUUUUCCGCUUCCUACUCGCCCGUAAUAGCGUUUCGACCUGCUAUUUUUGCGUAAAGGGACAGACAAACGUCAGAGAGAAAGGGAGCAGCUUCGCUUUUAGACAAAUUCCUGCUCUCAGCUGCUCGUUAGCCUGUUAGCCUGUCAGCGCUGACUGCCUUGGUUACGCUAGCGUCGAUGCUAACGGCGUUAGCGCCGGGUGGGACCGCUGUUUCGACUUAAUUCAGAUCAGUGCGCCUUCGUUUUCCACUGCGGACAGACAUUAGCGUGAAUAUUGAUCACUUAUCCGUCUUCUUUGGAAUAUUUGCGGAGUAUAUUGAUAGACUAGUCUGUGCUUAUUUGCUUGUUGGAGCUAGCCGGGCUAGCCAGCUAACUGCGCUGCUGGCCCACAGCUGGGGUGCGGACUGACUGCGGGGAACGCAAGGGGAGACCAAUGACCGAGGAUCAAAACAGAGUAUUAUUUUGGCGUUUAAUGCUCCGUUUCAUGCCAGGUCGCUGUUAGUUAGUCUUAGUUUCAAAAAAGAGUUCAGACGAGCCACAUAAUCAAGGUGGUGAGUUGGCUUCGCCCAGCUAUGCCAAGUGCCAAUUACUGAGAGGGCAGUCUGAGCUCCACUAGCUUUCUCCAGAGGACUUGGCUCUGUGCAAUAGUUUAUUUAUUGCUGGAUUAAGUAAAUCAAAAUACAAGAAUGGCUACGGCUAGCAGCAUAGCUGCCUCGAUCGCGAGUAAAACGAAAACGAAGAAAAAACACUUCGUGGCUCAGAAAGUCAAGCUGUUUCGUGCCAGCGACCCUCUGCUUAGUGUGCUGAUGUGGGGAGUCAACCAUUCGAUAAAUGAGCUGAGCCAUGUUCAAAUCCCUAUCAUGCUGAUGCCUGAUGACUUCAAGGCAUAUUCUAAGAUCAAGGUGGACAACCAUCUAUUUAACAAGGAGAAUAUGCCAAGCCAUUUUAAAUUUAAAGAGUAUUGCCCUCUGGUUUUUCGGAAUUUGAGAGAAAGGUUCAGCAUCGAUGACCAGGACUUUCAGAACUCUCUGACACGCAGCGCGCCCCUGGUCAGCGAGGCUCAAGGCCGCAGUGGCGCUCGCUUCCACACCUCCUACGACAAGAGGUACGUCAUCAAGACCAUCAGCAGCGAGGACGUGGCCGAAAUGCACAACAUCCUUAAAAAGUAUCACCAGUUUAUUGUGGAAUGUCACGGUACCACUCUCUUGCCUCAGUUUCUGGGUAUGUACCGCAUCACUGUUGACGGAGACGAAACCUACAUGAUUGUUACCCGCAACGUCUUCAGUCACCGUUUGUCUGUGUAUAAGAAGUAUGACCUGAAGGGAUCUACUGUUGCUAGAGAGGCCAGUGACAAAGAGAAGAUAACAUGGUGGUGGUGGAGCAAGUCACCAGAUGGUUCCAUGAGAUUGCUUCACACGUUUGUGCUGUGCGAGGAGUUUUUGACACAUUUCAAGCUGCCAGGACCUACUGUUAAGGCCAAGGAGCUGCCCACAUACAAAGACAAUGACUUCAUCAACGAUGGCCAGAAAAUAUACAUUGAUGAGGAAAACAAGAAGAUUUUCCUUGAUAAGCUGAGGAAGGAUGUGGAAUUCCUGGCCCUGCUAAAGCUGAUGGACUACAGUUUGUUGGUGGGGAUCCAUGAUGUAGAGCGGGCUGAACAGGAAGAGGUAGAGAGUGAGGAUAAUGAAGGAGAUGAAGAAGGAGAGAGUGAUGGAGGGAUAGUAGGAACCCCCCCAGACAGCCCCAGUAACACUCUGGACAGCAACAAGCCUCUGUCACCUGGAGACUUUGAUCCCACCAUCGAUGUCUACGCUAUUAAGAGCCAUGAAAACUCCCCAAGGAAGGAGGUCUACUUCAUGGCUGUGAUCGACAUUCUGCAACAUUAUGAUGCCAAGAAGAAAGCAGCUCACGCAGCCAAGACAGUCAAGCAUGGAGCUGGGGCAGAGAUUUCCACCGUGAACCCAGAACAGUACUCGAAGAGAUUCUAUGACUUCAUCACCACCAUCCUGCCCUAACCUGGGGCAGAGCCAAGCAGAGUCCAUGGGGUCAAAGAGGGAUGCUAAGGGAGGGGUGCUGAAAUGUGCUCACUCCUUCUGUGGCAGGGGGCACCCUUACAGCAGCUACAACCACCAUUCGUUUACAUUUUUCAUUUUUGUUUUUGUUUGUUUUUGUUUUUUGUGGGACCAUAAGGGUGAUGAAAUAGAACAAGUAUAAAUCUUUUUGGGGAGAUAUGGAUAUAUAUUUUUUUUUGUUUUGUUUUUUGCUUUCUGAUGCAUGUCCCUCAUGGCAUUGUGGGGUUUUUUUUGUGUUUUUCCCUUUUGUUAUUUUGCCUUCCUUUUUUUAAGUGAAAGGGGAAAGAGAGAGCAAAAUGCAAUGGAUUGCGGCUCAGCAAACGGUGAACGGACUACACGUGUUGAAGGAGGCCUCAGAAUAGAGGCCAAGCCUAGGAGAAGCAGAUGAAUGGGCGCUUUCGGCCGCUUGUAGAACUCAAGAACUUCGGUAAAUAAAAAAGGAACUGUGAAGCUGUCUUCCAUGCGAGCCAGUCGCCAAGCACCUAAUCAUCCUUCUGAACCUGAACCUACACAUGUUUACCCUGAACAUGAACCUACACCUAUUCAUCCAGCAACCUGAAAUCCAUUCUGUCCUACCUGAACCUAAAUCUGUUCAUCCAAAAACCCCAACCUGUUCACCUAAACCUGAACCUAUUUCUUCACAUGUCCCUCGUCCUGCCUCAGCUUGCUCCGUCUGUCGCAGCCAGCAGCUUUACUAGUGCUUUCCAGCAUGUGUAUCCAAUGAGCAGUGGGCUACAGCACUUGACACCUCAGCGCGCUCUCAAAUAUCCGCACGCUAAUUUUCUCCGGACUACCUUCUGACCGCAAAAAAAAGAAAAGCGUCUCUUGAGCUCCAUUCACGAAGGGUGAAGAAGCACACAGCAUUUGAUUUGACAGCAGAGCAGCCCAUCUGACUGUUUUGCAUGCUCCUACAGUGUUUCGGAUGCGUGUGGUGGUGGUUCUUUUUUUUUUUUUUUUUGGGCUGUUUUUUUUUUUUUUUUUUAAAGAUCUAAAUGGAGAUUUUUCGUGGAGUGCAAAAGAAGCCGAAGCAACAGCAUUGGUGGCAUCUCUUCAGUCAUCCAUGACGACCAUUAAAAGAGAAUCUAUUGACCUUUCAUUUGCCAUCAGCACCUUAAACUGUUGCACUUUUUAAGUAGGAUCCUUUUUUUUUUUGUCUGUUACAUACUGCAACAAUAGCACUAUGAGGCACUAUUGAAUGCAGCCCGUGUUUUCGUGUUCACACGCAUUUGCUUGUCUUCAACAGGCGGCCCAUAGUUUACCUCUCGCGUCGUACUGAUACGCACUCAUGCGUGUAAUAUUACAGUGUUCCUGGG